CAGUGGAGCGGAGAUCAGACAGCAGAGGACGGUCAGCAUCAGCAGCUCCGAGCAGCGAUGGACCGAUAAACCUUUGGAAGCGAUGAUCAGAUUUGUUUGCCAUGGAAAUGGACAUGAUGCCAAAAUUCUCCUCGAAGGACGAGGAAAUUGAUUUCUGGAAAGCUCUUUCCCUCAAGUACAAGAAAGGCUGUGAGGAGGCCCAGGAGGAGCUGCUGGAGUUCCAGGAGGGGAGCAGAGAGCUGGAGGCCGAGCUGGAGGCCCAGCUGGGCCAGGCCGAGCACCGCGUCAAAGACCUGCACUCCGAGAACCAGCGGCUGAAGAACGAGGUGGAGACGCUGAAGGAGCGGCUGGAGCAGCAGUACUCUCAGAGCUUCAAGCAGAUCUCGGUGCUGGAGGACGACCUGGGACAAACGCGCAGCAUCAAGGAGAAGCUCCACAAAUACGUCCGAGAGCUGGAGCAGUCCAACGAUGACCUGGAGAGAGCCAAACGAGCCACCAUCGUUUCUCUGGAGAACUUCGAGCAGCGCCUGAACCAGGCCAUCGAGAGGAACGCCUUCCUGGAGAGCGAGCUGGACGAGAAGGAGUCGCUUCUGGUGUCGGUGCAAAGGUUAAAGGAUGAAGCUCGAGAUUUGCGUCAGGAGCUGGCCGUGCGAGAGAGGCAGGCAGACAUGAGCCGGAUGUCGGCUCCGAGUUCCCCGACGCAGGACAACAUCAAGAUGGACUCCGCAGUACAAGCCUCCCUCUCCCUCCCUGCAACGCCUCUGACCAAAAGUCUGGACAACGCCUUCGCCAAUCCAUCAGUUCUGUCUAACGGCUACGGCAGCAACUGUCCUCUGACUCCCUCUGCCAGAAUCUCAGCGCUCAACAUCGUCAGUGAUUUACUCCGGAAAGUGGGGGCUCUGGAGUCGAAGCUCGCCGCCUGCAGGAACUUCGCUAAAGACCAGAAAGCCCGGAAGGCGUUCUCUCUGGACAACAGCAACGCGCUCAACGCAAACACCACCAGCUACGCUCAAGCACUCAGUACGUCGUACUUUGACAGAGCAACCGAGACAGUCAUAUUCCCGGCGUUAGUUCUGGGUAAAUCCAGCUCCUUUACCUGCGGAGAAGGUUUUGGGAUGCAUGCUGUGUUGGGCCUAACAAGCCUCCUCUCUAAUCAUGUAGAAAUAAAGAUGGUGGUGGGCUGGAGUGAGCUGAUUGACGGUGGCGGUAGAGCUCUGAUGUCCCGUUAUGGAGUUUUUUAUCAGACCUGAACUGGUAGAGUGACGGCCUAAACUUCUGGCAGUGACGCAAAUUAAUUCAUUGCACAAAAAAAAUAUUUUAGCUGAAAAUAUAACCCAGAUCAUGGGACCCUUACAAACUUAUAAGCUGGCUUUAUUUCUGUACAAUCAUAUAAUAAACGCAGGUGGGAAAGUGAGAGAGAGGCAACUGGAAGCCACUGUAUCAAUAUGAUUAGCAGGCAGGUAGGAAGGACAGGAAGAAGCAAGCGAACGAUAAGGGUUGGAAAGGAUGAGUAAAGUCUUGCCACAGAUUCUAAAUGGGAUUUAGCUCUGGGCUUUGACUAGGCUAUUCUAACACAUAAGUUUGCUUAAUCCAAACCCUUCAUUGUAGCUCUGGCUGCAUGUUUAGGGCCGUUGUCCUACUAGGAGCCGUGAGGUUUUCUGGUUUGUUCCACCUGUUUGCUGAGUAUCUUACAUGUUAACAUUCAUUCUCUGUAACUUUUACAGAACUCACCAGGAACUUACUGGCUGCAUUCCUUUACCGACGCAGAUUUAGUUUAUUUUAAAACGGUUCUGAAAAGUAAUCAGUGUGUUCAUGCAUCGUGUAAAGUCCUCUGAAUUGUCUUGUGGCUCAAAUGUGCAAAACAAAUAAAUUUGUUUUUGCUUAUUCCAGGAAAGUGACCUGUGAGUUCUGGAAAGUUGUGAGCUCCUUGAGAUACUUGCUACUAAAUCUAAUCAGUUUAAACUCUACCUGGAAUCAUAACGCUAUGGAAAAUGAGCUUCUAUUUUCAUUUUCUUUUUUUAUUUUCUUAAACAUAUUGGGUCUUUGCUUUUGACUUUUGCCUGAUCUUUUCAGACAAAAGAAACAUACCAGGAAAAUGUCUAUAAACCUUUUAAUCUACACACAUUAAGGUGUGUGGAUAAUUUGCAUCUGAAAGUUGCCGAAAUCAUAAAUGGAACGACGUUCACGUUGAGUCAGUUCUGGAUUCUGUACAGAGGAAGUGAUGCGUGGAUGGUGACAUUGUUUGGGUCUCUUUGUUGCAGCGGGACGGUGAACAGGCUCGACCCCGGGACCCUGACAGCCAUCACCUCCGCUCCCGCCGCUUCCUCACCCGGCUUGGUGCGCCUGGCUGUGUAG